UUCAAGAUUUCCGCGAGCAUCCGCAUUUCUUCGAAUUUAUCCGUUUGCUCCCGGAGAAUCUCCAUGAACCUCCCGGCUUGCCCUCUCCAGAGCUCGCUCUCGCUGCGGUUUGGGCCAUGGCGGUGCAGCUGACGAGGUCGAGCUGCCCGCCGAAGGAAACGCGCGCGGAGGACAAAACCGAGGGCGGAGCAGCGACCCCCACAGCAAGCGGCCCUCCAGACCCGGCUGAAUCGAUGAGCGGAACAGUGAAACCUUGGGCAGUUUUUGGGCUCAAAUAGAAACCGGGGGAAAGCAUACUUCGCAGCAAGCUCACGCAGGAGGAUGUUGUCUCGAGUUGCACAGACUCUUCGAAGCGGUGCCCGUGUGGCCAGCCCGGUGGCCGGCGCACUGCGAAACAGCUUUACCGUGGUGCAGGAGGCCACUCCCCGACUCAACCGCUGUGAGCUCUAUGUGCCGGGCACACAGGCGAAGAUCAUCCCCAAAGCUGCCAAGUCGGCUGCUGAUGUGGUUGUGAUGGACCUGGAAGACUCAGUUGCCAUUGGCGAGAAGGAGGUGGCGCGGAAGAACGUCAUCCAAGCCUUGAAGGAAGUCGACUUUGGCAACAAGACCGUCGCAGUCCGCAUCAACGGGCUCUACAGCCACCACAUGUACCGGGACGUGGUAGACAUCAUCGAGCAGGCCGGAGAACGUUGUGAUGUCUUUAUCGUCCCUAUGGUGGGCGUCGACAAGGACGUCUACAUGGCAGAUGCAUUGGUGAGCCAAGUGGAGGAAGCGGUCGGCCGAAAGAAGAAGAUCGGCUUUGGCCUCAUCAUCGAAGCGACCAUGGGCAUGAUGAAUGUGAACUCCAUCGCUGCAGCAUCCAAGCGCAACGAGUCCCUGCACUUCGGGGUGGCCGACUACAGCGCAUCCACCAAGAGCCGCACCACCAACAUCGGAGGACCCAACAAGCUCUACGGCGUGCUCACCGACAAGGAUGGCGACAAGCCCCGUGACUUCGUUUGGGGCGACCCCUGGCACUAUGCCAUGUCCCGCAUCGUGGUGGCCGCGCGCGCCAACGGCCUCCGCCCGGUGGACGGCCCCUUCGGCGACAUCGGAGACCCCGACGGGUACCGGGCGCAGUGCAACCGCGGGGCGGCCCUCGGCAUGGAAGGAAAGUGGGCGAUCCACCCGAGCCAGGUGGCCAUUGCCAACGAGGUCUUCAGCCCCGGGGAGGCCGAGGUGACGCAAGCGCGCCGCGUGCUGGAGGCGAUGGAGAAGGCUCAACGCGAGGGGCUGGGCGCGGUGUCCUUGGACGGCAAGCUGGUGGACAUUGCAUCGAUCAAGCAGGCUGAUGCUAUUGUGAAGAAGGCCGAGGCCAUCGCUGCCAUGAACUGAGUUCAGCAGCCAUUGCGCAUGGCGCAGUGCCAUGUCGGUUUCCGCACGCAGAACCUGGCGAGGUCGACGGGGGGAUUGCUGAGAAAGGAGAUUCAAUCGUUCUUCUUGGUUUUCACAGGGUCAAACACCCAGGCAUGUUAACCCCUGUCACCCGCCACACGACAGACGUGGGCGGAGCCCUCGUGGUCCACAUCCACAAGAGAUGGCCCUAAGUGCUACUGGAGGUGGUACUAACAAAGAUUCUUCCCGACGUGGCAGAAAUUCGCCAUGCGGCAUCAUCGAUUCUUCCUGGAUGAGAUUUAGAGACUCGAGUUUUCGUGACAUUCCUACAUGGGGCACUGAGUUUCAAUGGCUGUGCCGUUUCUGCAAUUUCCAAAGGCCAAAGAGUUGGAA